CUAUAUCGAUUAUUCCCGCCUAUCUUUCGGCAUUUUUCUGUUUCCUCCUUACCUAUCUAUCUUCUCCAUUCGAUCCUUCGCUAUACCUGCUAUCUAGGUAUCCUAGGUAUAUUCCCUAUCUAUCCGUCAUCCCGGAAUGGCUGCCGUUAUCACCCUCCAGUCGUCCUCGACGGCUGGUCCGUCUGCAGCCUCAUUCCAACAGUCUCCUUCUCCAGACCAUCAUCUUCUACGCCCACUGGUCCAGAAUAAUCUCCAGAAACAACAACAACAACAACCUCAUCAUCAUCGAUCCUCCUCACCUCGCUCCCCCCACGCUCCCAUUGGUACUUUGGGUACUUUACCUCGUCUCUCCGUUCCGCCACUACGGGAUGCGCCGAGUUGUGACGCUUGUUUGCGCAGAAAGAGCCGUUGUGCCAUGAACGAAAUGGUCAAUAAGUGCUACUCGUGCGACUUCCAUCGCCAGGAUUGUACCUUCACCCUAUCACCAUCUAUGACCGCCGCCGCUACCACCACCACUACUACUUCUAGUCGCCCCAGUACAGCCGACCUGCCUUCUAAGAAACGUAAGCUAGACGACACGGUCCUGAGUGAUGCGGAGUCUCCUAAAAGGCUAUCCACCAUCCCCCAAGUUUCCAAAUCUGACUGUACUCGCUCACCAUUGAGUCAUCAACCCAACCGGAUCAACACAGCUGCCUAUUGGCAUCAAUCAACUCAACAUAUCGGCCUCACUACGGAACUAGAGCCUGCUCUCCUUGCAUAUCUCCCAGUCGACCAGAACGACGAAGGUACUGUAGCCUCUUCCCGGGUGCGCAAACUCAGCGACGACGGCACAUUCAUGCGGGUUAUCAACACCCUGUCCCACGGUGACCCCCCGCAGUCUGUCUCAUUAGACUCCAUCGAGAGUUUGGUCGCACCCUAUGGAUCCACUCUAGUAGACAAGUUCUUUGAUCAUAUUCACCCUACCUUUCCUAUCUUGAUGGAAGAUGUCUUCCGUCAGUCACAUCGGACUCGAAAUGGUAUUUCACCACUUCUUCUCUCCGCCGUCUAUGUGCUGGCCCUGAAGUUUGUGGAUGUUGGACCGGCCCCCCAAUCCACACGACGACCCGACGCUGCUCGUCUUGAGAGCACUGCCCUGAAACUCCUCCUUGAAUCUCUCCCCCACGCAUCGAUUUCGACCAUUCAAGCCGGCCUGCUUCUCAUGCAAAAGUCAACCCUCGCUACUUCCGCCUUAAAUGCUCAGCUGGUGACGGCGGCAUUCGAACUUGGCCUGCACCAGGACUGCUUGGGUUGGAGGAUGGAGAGAUGGGAGAAGGGGCUGAGGAAGCGCUUAGCAUGGGCCCUCUACAUGCAGGACAAAUGGUCUGCGAUGGUACAUGGACGCCCGUCGCAUGUCGUCGCCUCCAACUGGACAGUUCAGGACCUCGUGGAAGAUGAUUUCACCGACGCUUUCUCCCCGGCAACAUCCCAAUCCGAGGACGCCCCCGUUGGUCAUGGCCCACUAUUUUUCUGCCAUAUGGUCGCUUUGACCACAAUUCUCUCCGACAUUCUAGACCGAUUCUACACCCUCCAGGCGAUUGAGGAAUUCAAGGCUGCAGGAAACAACAGGACCCGGAUGAUCCUAGAACGCGCUAAACCCGCCCAGAUUCGUCUGAAAGAUUGGUUCGGGCGCCUCCCCACCCCACUCAAGAUGGAGUCCGCAACAGAGCUUUUCGAGAGCGUUACGGAAGAAACCGCCCGCAACGGGGCCCUUCAUCUGUCAUACUUUGCGACAGAAAUCACCCUUCACCGCUGUAUUGUCCGCUCUCUCUCCCCCGAAACUGCCGACGCAUAUUUGUCUCAUAUCUGCCGCUCUGCCGCCAAGACACGAUUGAUUUCAGCAAUGGACUUUGUCAAUAGACUCCGCCCACUCCACCUCAGAUCUUUCUGGCCCGCGGCCUCCCGAACACAUUUUGCACUGAUUGGAUCCUUUGGUGUCCUCCUCCGUAUUACCGCACCGACCAAGGAGGAGGCUGAGUUUUACCGCCUCCGAUUGUGCGAAUAUCGCUGGACGCUGAGCGUGAGCAAGAAAGAUGCCGAAUUCCUCGCAUUCGCGCUAGACAGUUUAGACAACGCCACAAAUCUUGACCACCACGUGCCUGGCAAACCCGGUAUCGACGAGCUCAUGACCAGUUCUUCAAAGCCGACAAUAUCUCAAUCACGCUCUCAGCUCGAUGAAUCCAUGUUGGAAAUAGAUACCGCACAGGGUGGUGGAACCUCUUCCGUGAUAUCUGGUCUAGCAUCACCUGCAACCUCAGUGAGCGAGGACAGCGUGCAGGAUACUUCGAUGGAGCCCUUGUAAUCCAUUCUAACCUCAUUUUACUACCUCAAUAUUUCUCUCCUCGGCCCUAACCCUACCUUUCCUUCUUCCUUGAUGUCUCUAAUGACCUUUUUUCUUCUCCCUAGAUUUGGAGCUUGGCAUCUCUAAGCAUUUUAUUGAUACCUUUUUUUUUUUGUUUCGAUCUUGACGAUCGUUGUUGGACUAUGAAAUGAUUCCCUGUACAUACUUCAUGAUGGAUAUUUAUAGACUGGACGGCAUUGGGAUAGAAGCAUAAAUUUAUGAUCAAACUUC